CUCCUACAUAAACCUCCAUUAUCUAGCACGGUAUCACCGAAAGAGGGUAGACGGGAGAAAAGAGCUCAAACUCGUUCAUGAAAAAAGGUCCUUUGUUCUCAAAUCCCAAAACGCAUUAAAAGACGCAAGGGGUGUUUACUUUUUUUCACAUGAUUUGACUACCAAACUCUACCCAUAUCGAUACAACACUGAUAUGUCGGAGGGACUGGGGUGGCGCAAGGAACUAUCUGGUCAUCCGGAAGCCCACAAUGACACACCUCACCAUAAACGACCAAGCGGACCUGCACGAACAAAAACGAAGAGAAGGAAAAAAGAAAGCGCGAUCAAGCCGAAACCGCAUCAAACAUCAAAGCAAAGAAUGAGAAUACCGGGAGGAAGUAUUAUUAUUAUUAUUAUUAUUUUUAAUUCUCUCCAAACAAUACAAGCCGUUACCCCGAGUCCGGUGGGAACAGCAAAGCCUCCCUUAAGGCCUCUCGCUCCUUACUCUAAGGAGCUAGGAAAGUAAUAAAGUUGGAUAUCGACGAAGCCAAAUGGACUUUACCCGGAUACGCACGUACGUAAUCGGCACUCUCCCCUCCGCCCAGUCGGUAGCUUCUGUCAGCCUUAAGGAAUCUGUGCUGCUGCUUGCGUCGUGUUGCUGCUGUGGUCUAUCGGUACACAUACGAGUAUCAUACUUGAGGAUUCCGAUCGAGGAAAGAAUCCAAAACGAAAACGCCAUUCUCGACGAUGAAGAGUAAUCAAAGAAGGGAAAGGAAACAAGGGGGAAAAAAAUCAGAAGCGCAUCACAAACUAUAUAUAAUAUAGACAAACGACCAAACAUAAUCCUAAAAGAAAUACGAACAUAUCAAGCGGAUGCAACGGCAGCUCAAGCGAAUGACAUGUAUGGCCCUCGUUGAGUUUGGUUAAAUAGCUGUUGAAAAGCUCCUUCCCCAUGUCCCCAUGUCAUACCGAGGGAAAGGGAAAACACCGCCUACCAUCACCAUCGUCAUACAGUUGCAGUAAGUCGCCCAUACCGGUGCUCGCCCUGUUCGUGAGGUAAGAGAAAGUUAGUUGUUAUGCAGUUAUGCAUCAAGGCGAUUCACUGCCCCACUUCACAAAGUUCCCUGCACCACUUUGCAUACGGCAGCAUGUAGUCUCCGGAUCUGACAGGCCUUUCGUACCCAAGAAACUGUUCCUUCGCAAUUCCCACUCCCCUUGUCGUUAUGACUCCCGUCGCCCCCCUUCCGUCAAAUCAGUCAAGUCAAUCAAUCAACCAACCAAUCAAUCAAACUAGCCUCUCGGAUCUUCAAAAGUGAGCUAGAUUUGCCAUGUGGCUUAUUAAAAGGCCAUUACGGCGAUCACAAGGUAUGCAUCAUAUCAGGGAAAAAAAUAGUUACAAUUUGUAUCAUCGUAUUGUCAGUGGUGCAUGAAUUCUUGUAUCGAGAACACUCAGGCGGGUAAUAAAGUUAGUGGGUAAUUGAGUUUCACAAAAAUCAGUGGAUGGCUAUCUCGGUAUUGUUAAACGCCGUCUGCAGGACGAGAACCAAAGCUCGGGUCCAUAUCUAUAAGGGUGCCCGAGCACUGUAGGGAAGAGGAGGUGAGGAUGCCCGCGGAGCGGAGGUUGAGAGGCUAGAGCGGAGGGAGGAGAGAGAGGGGGGGGGUGGAGGUUAAUAAGUCCGAAACGUUGGGUAGCACGCUCGAUUCUUGCGUGACCGCCACAAAUCGGUUGAUCCGAGCAAGCCACUUUUUCCUUUUCUCCCCCUCGUUGCUUUCUUUGUACUCGAGUACUCGUACCGGUACCCGUGCCAGUGGACUCCUCUCUUGUUCGCUUUUGUUUGGCGUGGUUGCGUUGUUUGUGAUAUCAUACCGAUAUCCUUCCGGUGCCGUGACCGCAGUUACAA